GCUAGGCUGGGCUAAGCUGAGAGGAAAGGGCUGUCAGCUGGGAGGCAGCCUGUCCUCCCCGGAGCCUGCAAGGAUGCGGCAGGGGACUGAGACCAUGGGGAGGUGCUAACUUCCUCUCCAACCCCCCAGCCCGGGAUCCGGGCUGGCAUACCCGGCCCCCGGGGCUAGUUUCCUGCCAAGCUCAACCAAGAAGCCAAAGGCGCCUUGGAGGGCAUAAAAAGAAAGAGUGGUGCUGGAGAGGGGCGACCACGUCCAGAGCCGGACCCUCUGCAAACCCAGGAAAAAAGAAGGAAGGGGAUCAGACACUGGCGAGGGGACGCCAGAACCUUAGUCUGCAGACUCGCUGGAGAGCCUCCCUGGAGACCUGGGCGCUCUGCGCCAUCGUCUUCAAUGCCUCUCUGAAGAUCAUUUAGCAAGAGUGUGAGAGAAAGAGAGGAGAGGAGCGCGCCAGGGAGAGGAGCAAAGAAAAUGAGGAUUAUUUGCAGACAGAUUGUCUUGUUGUUUUCUGGAUUUUGGGGACUCGCCAUGGGAGCCUUUCCGAGCAGCGUUCAAAUAGGUGGUCUUUUCAUCCGAAACACAGACCAGGAAUACACUGCUUUCAGAUUGGCAAUCUUUCUUCAUAACACCAGCCCCAAUGCCUCUGAAGCUCCUUUCAAUUUGGUACCUCAUGUGGACAACAUUGAGACAGCCAACAGUUUUGCUGUGACAAAUGCCUUCUGUUCCCAGUAUUCUAGAGGAGUGUUUGCCAUUUUUGGACUCUAUGACAAGAGGUCAGUGCACACCUUGACCUCGUUCUGCAGUGCCCUGCACAUCUCCCUCAUCACGCCAAGCUUCCCCACUGAAGGGGAGAGCCAGUUCGUGCUGCAGCUGCGGCCUUCGCUGAGAGGUGCACUCCUGAGCCUUCUGGAUCACUACGAAUGGAACUGUUUUGUCUUCCUGUAUGAUACAGACAGGGGAUAUUCAAUACUUCAAGCUAUUAUGGAAAAAGCAGGACAGAAUGGAUGGCAUGUCAGUGCGAUAUGUGUGGAAAAUUUUAACGAUGUCAGCUACAGGCAACUGCUAGAAGAACUUGACAGAAGACAAGAGAAGAAAUUUGUAAUAGAUUGUGAGAUAGAGAGGCUUCAAAACAUUUUAGAACAAAUUGUGAGUGUUGGAAAGCAUGUCAAAGGCUACCAUUAUAUCAUCGCAAAUUUGGGUUUCAAGGAUAUUUCUCUUGAGAGAUUUAUACAUGGAGGAGCAAAUGUCACUGGAUUCCAGUUGGUAGAUUUUAAUACUCCCAUGGUAACCAAGCUAAUGGAUCGCUGGAAGAAAUUAGAUCAGAGAGAGUAUCCAGGGUCCGAAACCCCUCCAAAGUACACCUCUGCUCUGACUUACGAUGGAGUCCUGGUGAUGGCUGAAACUUUCCGAAGUCUCAGAAGACAGAAAAUUGAUAUCUCAAGGAGAGGAAAUGCUGGGGAUUGUCUGGCAAACCCUGCUGCUCCCUGGGGGCAGGGGAUUGACAUGGAGAGAACACUGAAGCAGGUUCGAAUUCAAGGGCUGACUGGGAAUGUUCAAUUUGACCACUAUGGACGCAGAGUUAAUUACACAAUGGAUGUGUUUGAACUUAAAAGCACAGGACCUCGAAAGGUUGGCUACUGGAAUGAUAUGGAUAAAUUAGUCUUGAUUCAAGAUGUACCCACGCUCGGCAAUGACACAGCAGCUAUUGAGAACAGAACAGUGGUUGUAACCACAAUUAUGGAGUCUCCCUAUGUUAUGUACAAGAAAAAUCAUGAAAUGUUUGAAGGAAAUGACAAGUACGAAGGCUACUGUGUAGACUUGGCAUCUGAAAUUGCGAAACACAUCGGUAUAAAGUAUAAAAUUGCCAUUGUCCCUGAUGGAAAAUAUGGAGCCAGGGAUGCAGACACUAAAAUCUGGAAUGGGAUGGUAGGCGAGCUUGUGUAUGGGAAAGCAGAGAUUGCUAUUGCACCUCUGACCAUCACUCUGGUACGAGAGGAGGUCAUUGACUUCUCUAAGCCUUUCAUGAGCUUGGGCAUCUCCAUCAUGAUCAAAAAGCCUCAGAAAUCUAAACCAGGGGUAUUUUCCUUCCUGGACCCUCUGGCCUACGAGAUCUGGAUGUGCAUAGUCUUUGCCUACAUCGGCGUCAGCGUGGUCCUGUUCCUCGUCAGCAGGUUUAGUCCGUAUGAGUGGCACACAGAAGAACCUGAGGAUGGAAAGGAAGGACCCAGCGACCAGCCUCCCAACGAGUUCGGCAUCUUUAACAGCCUCUGGUUUUCUCUGGGUGCCUUUAUGCAGCAGGGGUGUGACAUUUCACCCAGAUCCCUGUCAGGUCGAAUUGUUGGAGGCGUCUGGUGGUUCUUCACACUCAUCAUUAUAUCAUCUUACACGGCUAAUCUGGCUGCGUUCCUGACUGUGGAGAGGAUGGUCUCCCCCAUAGAAAGUGCAGAAGACCUGGCCAAACAAACAGAAAUUGCCUAUGGAACACUUGAUUCGGGAUCAACAAAAGAAUUCUUCAGAAGAUCAAAAAUAGCAGUGUAUGAAAAGAUGUGGACCUACAUGCGAUCAGCAGAGCCGUCUGUGUUCACUAGGACUACAGCUGAGGGCGUGGCUCGAGUCCGAAAGUCCAAGGGCAAAUUUGCCUUUCUCCUGGAAUCCACGAUGAAUGAAUACAUUGAGCAGCGGAAGCCCUGUGACACGAUGAAAGUGGGAGGAAACCUGGAUUCCAAAGGCUACGGUGUAGCAACGCCCAAGGGUUCCUCAUUAAGAACUCCUGUAAACCUUGCCGUUUUGAAACUCAGUGAGGCAGGCGUCUUAGACAAGCUGAAAAACAAAUGGUGGUACGAUAAAGGCGAAUGUGGACCCAAGGACUCGGGGAGUAAGGACAAGACAAGUGCCCUGAGCCUGAGCAACGUAGCAGGCGUCUUCUACAUUCUGGUCGGCGGCUUAGGCUUGGCAAUGCUGGUGGCUUUGAUUGAGUUCUGUUACAAGUCCAGGGCAGAGGCGAAGAGAAUGAAGCUGACUUUUUCCGAAGCCAUAAGAAACAAAGCCAGGUUAUCCAUCACUGGGAGUGUGGGAGAGAACGGCCGCGUGCUCACCCCGGACUGCCCCAAGGCCGUACACACAGGAACUGCAAUUAGACAAAGUUCGGGAUUGGCUGUCAUUGCAUCGGACCUACCAUAAAAACCAAAAAAAUAAUUGAGUGCCUUAAUUAAACUGUGUUGGUGACUGAUGGAAACGCAGCCCCGAGGGACAGGCGCAACAUGUAUUUUGGCUAAACCCAUCCUUUGGCUGAGAGCAGGAAGGACAUACUGAGCGCCGGACAAAACCAGUGCAUGAGUUCAGCACGGAAAUGCAGACUCGGAUUUUAUAUCAGGAAAAUUCACUAUUUAGUUUUGUUUUUGUUUUUUUUUUUUUUUUCGGGGUGGGAGGAGUGGGUGGGGAUAUUGAGGAUGGGUGUAUUAACAGCAACAAAUUUCACUUGAGCGCACUUAAAACUAAUCAGACUGGCCAGUUAGCGCAUUAAACUGUGAAGUUCUUUCCCAGAAAGGUCUUGGUCACCACAGCAAGGGAUUCAACAGUUAAAUAGAGGUCAAGGAACCUGCUACCUGUGUCUCCGCAACACCCAUGUAGUCGAUGGAGUAAUCUGCAGCCGAGACAAGCAGUCACUAAGAUGUGAUAAGAAAAUAAUAAACAUGUAAAUCCUGUGGAAAAAAACACAAUGAAAUUUAAAGAAAGUAUUUACAGCUACUUUGGAAAUAAAACAAUACUGAAACAUGCUUGCUUUUUAACUGAAGUAAAUACAGUAGAGGACAACAAAAUUGUUUUUUCUAACCAUCUUAGGGAACAUUGCAAUAAUUGAUAAUAAUGCCAUCACUGUAAUAAACUUUAGAGUCUUUUUUUUAAUGUAAAAGUUGUCGGCCACUUUGUUUCCUGUAACCUUCACUCUGUCACACAAGUUGGCUCAUGGAUUGUGUUUGUCUAUCAGGAACAAAAAGAAAAAAAAAAAAAAAAAAACAUGUGAAGAAAAUAUU